AUGCAGCACCAGGCCCGUGUGAAUCACACUGGGCCAGGGGACCUGCAGCCCCAGGAGGCUAAGGCACUGGCCCAGGAGGCAGAGGAGGCUCCUGUGGUGAUAUCAUAUGUACAUCCAGAGGAGUCUGAAACAGAGGUCCUGCCACCUCCAUCAGCCUCUCUGGUGGCAGCUGUGGAGCUGGGGCUGGCCUGGGAGGCACCUGCAGACAUGACCGAGGCCCGGCCCCCCACCUCCUCUGGAUGA